AAACUUAAUAUCGCACGGAGGAGCGAGGCGACUGUCUCUUAAACGUGUAAAAUCACAAUUAAACCGCACACGUCUCGACAGUUAACUCGUUUGAAGCCAUAACAGCGGCUGUAACCCCAACUAUUCUCGACGUUUUAUGUGCAGUACAAAAAAUAUACCCAGUUUGAGAUGGGGGGGAAGUCCCCGCGAGGAAAUCCCCUGUUCAUAAUUUCGAAAUUGAGUGAGGCUCUGGCAGACUGAAGUUGUUCUGAAACAUUUUGGUCUAACGUACAGCAGACGCCUCUGAGCCCUAUGACAAUCAGACUUGUUCAAUCUAUGGGAAAUUCGUACUUGAUGUGCUCGUUUUAACGGAUUGUUCAGCAUGGAUGAAAUGAAGAGGGAGAACGAGGCGCUGAGGGCGAAGUUGCGCAGCUGCUCUACACUCAACACAUUUUACCACGAAACACAGCAAGAAAUUACUCGUUUAAAUCAGUUGGUGACCUCCAAAGACGGGAUUAUUACCGAUUUGAGGGCAAGACUGGGGAAGUAUGAGAAAACCGUGGUCUUUGAGGGAGAGGAGCCUUAUAUUGUAGGGCCGUCGAAGUCCCUCAUCGAAAGUUUGUGUAAGGAAAUUUGCAAAUUAAAGCAAAAACUGAAGGAUUUAGAGAAAGACACCGCCCAGAAAUUGGAAACCAGAAACACAGAGAUCCAGAGAUUGCAGGAAAAGUUGAAGGAGAAGGAUCAAGAGUUGCUGACCAUCAGGAAAAGACCAGAGCAGGAGAAAGAGAGGGAGAUUCAGCAACUGCGCGCUGCAUUAGCCGAAAGGGAUCGGACACAGGCCACCAGGACCGUCCUUUGCAACUCUCUCGCUGAAGAAGCCGAUCAGUUAAGGGUCCAGUUAGGGGCCACUGUGCAGGUGUGUCAGGAGCUUUUGGGACGACUGGAAAACGAGAAAAACAAUACAGCCAUGACAGAUCAGAGAACUCAACUUAAUAAGACAUUAGAUUCCCCCGAAGUUCCCCAGCUAAAUGUCAUCAUCAGCAAGUUAGAAGAGGAGAACGACCAGCUCAAGAAGAGAGUGGCAUAUGUGGAAAGUUUAAACUCAAAGUGGCAGAAGUAUGACUCGAGUAGAGAGGAGUACGUGAGGGGUUUGUGUCAGAAGUUGAAAGAGUCAAAUGGCCUGGCUUCUGCAGGUCCGACUCUGACCCAAACCCCGACUGCGGGACACGUGGCUUUGUUCCAGCAGGAAAUUGCGAGACUCAACGGCCUCCUGCAGGACAAGAUGAUGGAGAGUGAGAGAUUCAGCAGAGAGAGGGAUGACAAUGCGAGAAGAGACCAAGAGCAGAUUCAGAUGCUCGAGCAGCAGGUUCUGGCCUACAUUGAAGACUUUAAAUCGGAAAGAGCAGACCGAGAGAGGGCUCAGGGUAAAAUCAUGGACCUUAAAGAUGAAGUUGGGCGACUUCAGCUGCAAAUACGCUCACAGAAUGUCCAAGAAGCUUCAACCUCACGCCAUAAAAAAAUCAUGGGCCUAAAAAAAGCUAGCCACCGACAAACGGAAACUGCAGAACCACUAAGAAACAGUCCCCCAGAAACAAGCUCAAAGAGGACUAUCAGUAACACUGCGCCACAAGGAGCCGCCGAACUGCAAUGCCCUCGUUGUUUCAUCAGGUUCGAUGAUGAGCACACGACCGAAUACCUAAAACACUGGGACGAGUGUGCCAAGCUGUGAGUCUCUCACCUCACUGACUUUACACAAAGCACUGAGGACACAAUCACUACAAGCUCACAUGGGACUUU